AAAACCAAGUGAAAAAAAUAAAAUAAAACUGUGCUGCCAUAAGAGGCAGACAUCUGACUAGAGAGGAAAGCAACAAUAAGCUCGACAAAGGAGAGAUCCUCUGGUCAAAGAGAGAUCUGUUUGCCUAAAUCCCUCUCUCCGUCCCUUCCUCCCUCAUUCGCUUUUAACUAUUGUUAAUUUCUCGUGCAGAGAGUCCUCCGGCCUCCCUCUCUAUUCCUCGAAAAGUUCCUAGAUCCUAGCUUUAAAGCCUCUCUCUCUUCGAAACAAUCCACUAUAAAUACCCUUUCACCCACUAUUCUCUCUCAAAAGCUUAAACCUUUUCCUCUGCUUCUCCUCUCUCCCGUCUCUGUUGCUACCCUGUUCAAAGGCUUUAAGCCAAGGAGAGCAACAGAGAACAAGAUAAGGGAAAAAAGGUUUUGUCUUGUAUCUCCGUCGACAACAAUGUCGGCCUGGAAAGACAAGGAAAAUGACCCCCGCCUUGAAGGCAUCGCUUCUGCCAUUCGCGUCGUUCCCAACUUCCCCAAACCAGGGAUUAUGUUCAAAGACAUCACUACGCUGCUACUUGAUCCCAUUGCGUUCAAAAACACUGUAGAUUUGUUCGUGGAACGUUACACCGGAAAGGGUAUCAACGCAGUCGCAGGUGUUGAGGCAAGAGGUUUCAUAUUUGGUCCUCCUAUUGCAUUGGCAAUUGGUGCAAAGUUUAUACCAUUAAGAAAACCGCGUAAACUGCCAGGUGAAGUAAUCUCAGAGAAGUAUACUCUUGAAUAUGGAUCCGACUGCCUUGAAAUGCAUGUUGGAGCUGUUCAACCUGGUGAACUUGCUUUAGUUGUUGAUGAUUUGGUUGCAACCGGUGGAACUCUCUGCGCUGCCAUAAAUUUGCUUGAACGUGCAGGGGCUGUAGUUGUGGAAUGUGCUUGUGUCAUUGAAUUGCCUGAACUUAAGGGCCGUCAAAAGCUGAAUGGCAAGCCAUUAUAUGUUCUGGUGGAAUCUCAUUGAUGGUAUUUGCCUUCUCUCCUUCUGCUGGGAAUCAAGAACAAGAGACAUGGCUGAACUGGACUAGGUCAUUUGAUUUUCUCUAAAAUGGAGUGAGAUAGUUCAAUCAAAGUGGUAGAGGGGUAAGCGAAAUGUCAGCAUCGAUAUUCAUUACUUUCUGACCAACCCUGUAUUCAUAAGCAUCAUGUGGAUCAUGUGAUAUGCCUCUAAAUUAUUAAAUUCAAUGUUAUAAUUUGAAGGUUGCCUUUGUAUAUAAUUAUGUAAUGCCAUAGUCUUUGCUACUAUUUUGAUUUGUUUGCUAAAUAGUUAC